AUGAUUGGACAGCCUGAAGUUAUAACCAUUCUUAAUUCAAUAUCAAUAUUACUAACUAUGUUACCUACACUUAUAGGUGUGGGUAUUGGACUUAGUUUAGCUACAGAGGGUAUUUGUAAAUCAAUAGAAUAUGAUUUAGAUUUAACAUUUUCUAUUAUGCCAAUGGCAUUCACUUCUGCACCUGCAAUAUACUCAUUGCUUUUAUACUUUUUUAUGGAUUCAAAAAGCCCUAAAACACUUUCGGGUGCAAUUAAGUGUUUAGGUGGUUGUGCUAUUCAGGGAAUAGCUUGUGGUAGUUGUGGAUAUAUUAUGGGGAAUAUAGCUAGAAAUGCAGCUGUAGCAAGAGCUAAACAAAAGAAAUUUACUUCAAGUUACUUCUUAUUAUUAAUUUUUGGUGAAUUAGUUGGACUUUUAUCUUUAGUUUUAGGAAUGUUAAUUUUAUCAACAGCUAAAUAA